GGAUUACGAGGUUAUUGGUAAGUUUCCUUGUCCACAUUUACCAUCAAUUCACAUGAUCUCCAAUACAGAGAACUUUGCUGUUAUCAUGCUCUAUCCAGUAUCCAUGGACUUAGGCCGGAUGUACCAGGAGAAUAUGCACCCCUUGAGGGGUAUGGCACCUCUAGAGGGUCCAACAAGAAUAUAUAUUAUGGAUCUCAGGAAUGGGAAUGUGAUAUCAGGAAUUUCCACUGACCCUGGAAUAUCCUUUUCAACUCAUCAUGUAAAUGCCUGGGAGGAGGGAGAUGAAAUAGUUAUUGAUUAUGCAUCAAAUAUGUGGAGUAAUAUGCCGAAUUAUUUGAACUUCAAGAACAUUAUGUCAGAGGAUAAGGGUAACAUAGUUCCAACAUUUCUGAUGAAACGGGCUAGAAUAAACAUUAAAACUAAGGAGGUAAAGGUGCAUGAUUGGAAGAAUGCUCUAGAAAUACCAUACAUUAAUUAUCUCGAGUUUCCCAAUAUUAAUACCAAUUAUAACGGAAUCAGAAAUAGGUUUGUAUAUGGAUGGAUAGGUAUAGACAACCAGAGACAAGGAUUGGUUAAGAAAGAUCUAGAAGAUUCUAGAAAUGACAAGGUUUGGUCUGUUCCUUUCCAUUACCCUGGAGAACCCUUCUUUGUAGCAAAUACAGAAGGUAAAGACGAGGAUGAUGGAAUAGUUUUGUCUAUUGUCUAUGAUGGAACUUUUAAGAAAUCAUAUAUUCUUCUUCUUGAUGGAAAAACAUUCGACGUAAGUGUUUAUUAUUAUUAACCUUUCAUUUGCAUG